UUUUUUUCAGGCCGGGGGAAGCGUUAUGGCGUUGAAGCCUUCUUGAGGGUGGUCUCCCCAUGACGCGCGGCGAGCAUGGAGAAGGGCGGCCGCCGUGACGAAGCCGCCCACCUCAACGCCCUCAUACUUGAGUACCUGGACUGGGCGGGUCUUGAGGACGUAGGGCGCCUGCUAGUGAGCGAGUGCCACGCCAAGGGCCUCUCGAUCAGCAGGGAAGCAGAGAGCAGGGCCAGCAGCGGGGUCAGCCGAAUCGACACAGCAGGGAGCGAGGAAACUAGCGAGGUCGACGAUGAGCUCCUUACCUUUUUCGACACCGGUCAGGGCGCCAAGUUUUUCCAGUCAUGGCGGUCUGUGCGGGCUCGAGAGAACGGCGGCCCGUCAAUGGAUAGUCUCAUCUUAGAAUUUCACCUUCAUGUAUAUUUCUCCACGCUGCCACUGCGACACGGGCACGAACAGGACCACGUCGCAGCCAUGUCGGUAUUUCGAAGAUUCCUCGACACGUGCCCUCAGCGCCUCGGCUCCGUGCAAGAGCUCCUGCCCUUCUACGGCCUGCCUUACGUGCCCGACCCGACCACCCACCCCGCCUUCGCCUCCGUCUUCCAGGAUUCUUGGGUUCGCGACCUCCGUGCUCGACUCAAGGCGUGGAUGGACCGCAGAGUUUCGAUGACCUCACGUCCUGCUCUUUUCAGUUACGUUCUGAAGCAACGUCAGCACGCCAAGAGCGUGGGAGCAGCGCUGGUGGCGCAGGAAUCAGCCGCCACAGCAGUCAGGUCGCAGAGGACUCUUCGACGUCGCCUUCAGCGCCUUCAGGAGGACUACCACAAGCUUAUAGGCGUGGCUUGGGAGCUCACUCAAGGCCUGGAGGCGGCUGUGAGAGGAGAGAGAGUGGACCUGGAGGCGACACUCGCUGCUUGCACUCACAGAUACCCUGAGCUCUUUACUCUCACUCUUACUGCGGACACGAAGGCCAAACCUGCUGCCAUCCUGUUGGAGUCGAUGCAGAGGUGUGGGCGGCGUCCGGGCGUGACUGCCUCCGUCCCCGCCCUCGAUUUCGAGCGAGUGCGGAUGGAACUUGGAGCUGCCCCGGAGACGCACGUGUUGCUCCUACUGCAGGCGCUGCGACACCGCAUCACCCGCGUGAGCACGGGCAACGUGCGUCAGGCGGUCGUCACAGCCUACGUGAGAGGUGACGUGCUGGGCGUGCGGGGGGCGUGCAGGUCGUGGAGUCGUCUGGCGGCCGCCCUCACCCACCCGCAUCACCACAACCUCCUUGCCCAGACGACUGCCAGGUUCAUCAACGCCCUCACUGCCUUCGGCGCUGGCAGGAGCUACCUCUGCAGCGAAGACGUGUGCCAGGUGCUUCUAGGGGCGCUGAAGGUGGAGGAAUCUGACCCCACCACGACGGACAUGACACUCGCCGCCCUUCAGAAGCUCUCCAUCAGGGGCGAAGUCCAGUCGACCCUGAUUCGCAACGGCGCCGUCGAAUGGCUGGUGUCGACCCUGGGCAACGCCAGCAACCUCUCGCCCUACACCAUGGAGUACGCGGCGGCCCUGCUCAUGAACUUGACCCUGAGGUCCGCCGGCAGGUCUCGCUGUGUUCCCUUGGCCCGGGGUCUCCUGCCGACGCUGACGCACCUCCUCGCCUCCGUGCCCGUGCAUGUCGUGCCUUACGUGACGGGGGCGCUGUACAGCCUCCUCUCGCACCAGACUCUGCGCCAGGAAGCCUUUCAUCUCGGCCUCGACACCUCCCUCCAGCAUCUCGCUCAGAACGGAAGCAACGAGCAGCGAAGGCAACUUGAGUACAUCGUGGAGCAGAUCCGUCGGGACCCCCCCCUCUCGCCCCCUCCCUCGCCCGAACCCCAUCUGGAUAUAGAGGAGGACCCCGAAUGGCUGGAGGAGGAGCUCGACCAGGAUGAUCCAGUUCGACCUCCACCCCACACUCCCGCCGGCGAGGAUCUGCUGACGUGGCGCUACACCCUCCACCCCGGUCAUCGACUCCAACGCGUAUGGCGAUUCGUGGCAACUCGCUUCCGCUCUAAACUCGCUUACUCUCCAUUAGUGAUGAUUAAAGAUAAAGAGAGGGCAGGCAGCGAGGACGAGUAG